GAUGUCCUCCAACUUUAGAGGAAGAAGAAAGCCAUGGGCAACACAGUCUUUUAACUCAUCGUCUAUCUUCCAAAUGAUUAUUUUAUUUGAGUAGUGUCUUGUAGACAAAAUUAUAAAAUUGUAGUGUCCAUCAAACAAAUUUGAUGAGUGCAGUGUGUUGUUGACUAAACCACAUUUUCAAAGUGUCCUAUGGACCAAAAACCCUAGAUAAUACCCCGUCGAGCCACCAGCCCAUCACAGCCUCACACACGUCUGCGCGGCGCGGCGCGGCUCGGUUCGAUGGACUCCGGCGGCGCCGCCGCCGAGGUCGUCUACAGCUGCGGCUACUUCCGGCUGUACAAGGACGGCCGCGCCGAGCGCACCCGCGCUGCGUGCCACACGGCGCCCGCCGGCUUCGACGCCGAGACCGGCGUCACCUCCAAGGACGUCGUCAUCGACGCCGCCACGGGCGUCGCCGCGCGGCUCUACCUACCGAGCGUCCAGGUUGCGGCCACGGCGAAGCUCCCGGUCCUCGUCUUCUACCACGGUGGCUACUUCGUCGUCGGCUCGCCCUUCCACCCCCUGUUCCACCGCUACGUCAACUCGCUGGCCGCCGCCGCCCGCGUCGUCGCCGUCUCCGUCCGCUACCGCCUCGCGCCGGAGCACCCGCUCCCGGCGGCCUACGACGACUCCUGGGCCGCGCUCGGCUGGGUGGCGUCCGGCGCGGACCCGUGGCUGACGGACCACGGCGAUCUCGGCCGUGUCUUCUUGUCCGGGGUCAGCGCCGGCGCGAACAUCGCCCACAACAUGGCCGUCGCCGCCGGUGUCGGCGGCCUGCGCGCUGGGACGCCGCCGCGCGUCCAAGGCGUGAUCCUGCUCCACCCUUCGUUCGCCAGCGAGCAGAAGACGGAGGAAGAGGACGAGGCGUCCUGGCGAGCGAACAAGGACAGGUGGGCGGUGAUCUUCCCCGGCGCGAACGGCGGGCUUGACGACCCGAGGAUCAACCCGAUGGCGGCCGGCGCGCCGAGCCUGGCCAAGCUGGCUGGCGAGAGGCUGCUGGUCUCCACGGCGUCCGUGGACCCGAGGGCGCCCAGGGGGCGGGCGUACUGCGACGCCGUCCGAGCCAGCGGGUGGCGCGGCGAGCUGGAGUGCUUCGAGUCGGAAGGCGAGCACGGCUUCUUCGUCCCCGAACACGGCAGCCGCGAGGCGGCUAAGCUGAUGGAUCGAGUGGCUGAUUUCCUUGCGGGCUAUUGAUUGGAUUCGGAUAUUUGGACUUCGAGGAAUUUUUUUUAGGGUUAGGGGGGAUCCCCACCUGAGUUUUAUUGAAGGACCUUGAAAUUUAACUUUGCUGCAUUGGUGAA